GCGGGGCGGGGCGGGGCGGCGCCUCCCGCGCAGGGCUCGGCGGGAGCUGCAGGAGGUCCGCGUCCCCCUCGGCCGUUGGCCCGGCGAGGGCUGAGGCAGCGCUGACCGAGAUAGCGCCGCGGCCCCUCGGCGCGGAGCAUGGCGGCCACCGGAGCGGCACCGAGGCCCCAGCCCGCCUCGGCGGCCGGAGGGGGUUUGGUAGUUAACUGGUCAGGUCAAGGAUUGCAAAAGCUGGGUCCAGCCUUACCCUGUGAUGCUGAUACUCACACUCUGAUUCUGGACAAGAACCAGAUAAUUAAAUUGGAGCACUUGGAGAAAUGCAGGAAUCUGAUGCAGCUGUCUGUAGCCAACAAUCGUUUGGUACGAAUGAUGGGUGUAGCAAAACUGACAAAGCUCCGUGUGCUAAACUUGCCUCAUAAUAGCAUUGGGUACGUGGAAGGGCUGAAGGAUUUGGUGCACCUGGAAUGGCUAAACUUGUCAGGAAAUAACCUUAAGGCCAUUGAACAAAUCAAUUCCUGUGUAUCUCUUCAGCAUCUUGAUUUGUCAGACAACAACAUAUCUCAAUUGGGAGAUCUCUCCAAGCUCCUGUCUCUGAAGACCUUGUUGCUGCACGGAAAUAUUAUAACUUCACUUCGUACUGCCCCUGUUUGUCUACCUCAGAAUCUGACUGUUUUUUCUUUGGCGGAAAAUGAAAUCAGAGAUUUAAAUGAGGUUUCUUUCCUGGCUUCUCUUUCUCAACUGGAACAGUUGUCAAUAAUGAACAAUCCUUGUGUGAUGGCCACACCUUCUAUCCCUGGCUUUGACUACAGGCCGUAUAUCGUCAGCUGGUGUCUGAACCUUAAAGUUCUUGAUGGAUAUGUAAUUUCUCAGAAGGAAAGUUUAAAAGCAGAAUGGCUCUACAGUCAAGGUAAAGGAAGAUCAUACCGACCUGGGCAGCAUGUUCAGUUAGUCCAGUACUUGGCUACUGUUUGCCCUCUUAUAUCUACAUAUGGUCUCCAGACUGAAGAGGAUGCCAAACUGGAAAAAAUACUGAGUAAGCAAAGGCUCCACCAGAGGCAGCUGAUGAAUCAAAACCAAAAUGAAGGACCACCUACAUCUCCCACUCCCAACAAAACACUACCAGUUACUUAUGAACAGAGCAGUCCAGCACAGCCACCACAGAUAGUUCUUGAAAGUGAACGUGUCAUCCAGAAGAAUUCUUGGGUUGGACCAAGUGCGAAUGAUGAUCAUUCCUAUGCAGUCAAGAACACUUUUCUUCUUGAAAGAGAUUGUCACAAGGAGCUAUACCUCGAAGAUAUACAGACUGAUGAAGACAAACUCAACAGCAGCCUGUUGUCGUCAGAGUCUACUUUCAUGCCAGUUGCUUCAGGAUUGUCUCCGGUGUCUCCUACUUCAGACCUGAAGUUACAUGGGAUCAGUUUGGGCCUAGAAGAUGAUGAUAGUACAGUUAUUGAAUUUGUGAAAGGUGUUAAUAGAGAAGAAACAGCUAACAAGGACAAGAAACCUUCAUGGGUUACAAGAGAGCACUCUAACGAAGUGGCGGGAAGCGUGGAAAUUCAAGAGAGUAUCAUAGAGAAUGUGCAGGUACCGUCUCCUGAUCCAGUAACAGCUAAUCAUGCUGACGCUAGCAACUCUUUGGCAUCCUCUGAAGACCAAGUUCUGCAUGGUCAGCCCAGCACCUCAGUAGGUGCUGAAUCAGGAGUUACAACUCGCUGUCCUGACGAGACGGCAGGAGAAAAAUCAGGUUCUUUACCUGCUGUUGAUGAAGGUGCAGCUGAACUGCAAAGAAUGACUAAAGCAGCUACAAAGCUUCAAGCCUGCUGGAGGGGAUUUUACACAAGGAACUUUAAUCCCCGAGCCAAGGAAGUGAGAUAUGAAAUUCGCCUAAGCAGAAUGCAAGAGCACAUCAUUUGCUUAACAAAUGAAAUACAAACGCUUAGAAAAGAAAGAGAGGAAGAUAAGAUUCAAAGGCUUGUACAGGAAGAAGCUGUCAGAUUUCUUUGGAACCAGGUUAAAUCCCUUCAACAAUGGCAGCUUACUGUUACACAAAAUGUAGGUGCCACUUGGCAACCUGGGAUCCCUUCAGCCAGUAAUUCCUGUCCAUCUGAACCAUCUGUUCGAGCAUCUACUCUUGAGCAAGAAACCCCACCAGAUGUUAGUUCUGCUUGGUUAGUUCCAGCUAGUGAUGUUCUUCAGGAAAAGUCUUGGUUACAGUUCCCGGAUUCUGGUUUUCAUUCUUCUGUGGCUGAUCAGACUCAUGCUGACUUGUGUAGCUCUGAAAAGGGUUUGACAGAAGGAACUGAGGGUUCUCUUUUGGUGGAAACUGUCAAACAAUGUGGCAAUAAUAAUUCAGAAUAUUCUUCAGAUGUAGAGGAGGGCCAUGGGGAAUGUGGACAAAGUAGAGAGAGCUCUAAUAACGAGCACGACAACAGACUUCUACAACAGUAUUUGAAAUCUGUUCAGCAGCUGGAAGAGUCUGAUGAAGGGACAAAUUGCAAUGAUGAAACAGAGGGUAGCUGGCCACAAAUUGCUGUUUCAGCAGAGAGCCAAGAUUCUUCAUCUGACAUGCUCUCUGUAGAUCUCCCUCAAAGUACAUCUUCACCGGCACGAAGUGAAGUGAGUCAGACACCAGAAAGCUGCAAGCUGAAUUCAGGAAUAGGUGAAGGGAAGCAAACAGACUGUGAUUCUUCAUUUCAGAUGCUGCAUGUUGGGAUAGCUGUAUAGUAGGAUCAGUUCCACUAAGGACCAGGGAUUCGAUUUCAGUUUCCUUUCUUUUUCUUUUUUUCAUGUAUACAAAACUUAUUUUUCAUGUGUGCUUAGGUUUGUGUUUUUUUUUUUUUUUUUUUUUGGACUCAUGUUAACAAUGUUAUAAUGGCAUUUUACUAACGUUGCUGAGGACUGAUGUGAACCGUGCUAACAUGAAAUCACCAAAGUUCUCAGUGACUAUCAUUAUGCACUUUAUUUUCAACCACGUAACUGAUAUCCUAGUAACUUGCUUCCUUGAAAUUAAUUCUGAAGUUUGGGGAGCAGAGGAGAGAGUUUACUGUGAAUUCACUACAGUGAAUGUGUUAGUAAGUCUUUUUUUAUUUUUAUUUUUCUAGAAAACAGGACCAAGUCCUUACUUCACAAAAAGAAAGAAACAAUAUGGAAAGAAACAGUUAACACAGGCAGUGUGUGUGCAUUUGUGGAUUAAAUUUGAUGAGAAAGAUGAAAGCAGUUGCGUUUGACUUUAACGAGAAUACUUUAGUCAGGGUUUCAAAUACUCGUUCCAUGAAACUGGUGUCCAAGUCAGUGACUUCUUUUUGUCUUUUACUUGAAGUUCCUGGCUUGGAAUCUGAUGAGUUACAUGGAUUCUGAAACAAGGACUUAGAGGAGUCAGACCUUAGGAAACUUCAAACAAACUUUGGCCUUUGUUUUCCCUGAGGUUGAAUUUCCCUGUUCUUUCUCAGGUAAGACGCAAAGUGGAACCAGUAGCAGCCUUUACUAAAUAAGAGUUUCAAAAGGGCAUGUAUCUGGGAACAUGGUUUCCAAGACUACACUGCUGGCUUACAGCAGCUGACUCGAUGACAUGUUUUGCCUCCACGAGGCUGCUAAUGUCAUUUUGGGAUUCAGAUCUGCAUGGCUUUCUGGACGUGUAUUUGAUCACAGCUCCUACCUACAGGUGUAAAUAUUAAAAGCAAAUGUCAUGACUUAAAACUAUUUUUUGAGUUCUCUUGGUGUUUUUGUUCGUGUUUGUUUUGCUUUGUUUUUCUGCAAGCAAUAGGACUUGUAUUUUGCCCAAGCCCAUUUAAUUUGUAUUUUUUAUUUUUUUAAUGGAAAAGAUCAGGCUUCUCAGUAUACAGCAAAAGUGUGAAGGGAAAUUUCGUCUGCCAAGCAAUUUGUAACAGAUGCUAGUAAAAUAAAAAUUGACAUGAUUUCUAGGGGUAUGUUAGGUUUGCUAAUACUGUGUUUUGCAUUGUGCAAGAAAAAUCAAGUGUUUCAACAGUUUGCUGAUGUUAAUUUCUCUGAGAUCAAUCGUGCCAAUCGUACAAGUACGUUUGCAUAUAACAACACUUUGAAUCCACAGAUGAACUUUUGGUGCUACUGUGUCCUUGAAAUCAACUAGUGUUGUUCUAAAGUGACUCUUCUGGCCAUGUUACGAUAUCAUAAUUUGAUUUUUGUAAAAGCUUUGGUUGCUUGUCUAUUUUAGGUUCUGAGCUGAAGUUUACCCCUACUAAGGAGUUUGGCAUGAGGCCAGUAUCCACUUGAGGCCUCAAAAUAGCCUUUAUUUAGAACGUAAAUGGUGUAUUGGAGUUCUACCAGCCAUCAGCCCUGUGGUGCAGUUCACCUUGGAAGAAUAAAGCUUGCCUCUGCAUAUAGAGUAGCCAUCAUCUUUGUGGUUUUUUAUUUUACUUCCCAGAAGUUCUAGGGCACUAACUUCUCAAGAGAGCUGUCAUUGCAGUCUGGCUGACGAUUGACUGCAUUGCAUACGUGACAGCAUUUAAAAAAAAAGUGGUAUAUGCUUAAAUUGCAGGUUUUCUAACUUGAUCUAGUUAACAGCAUAUUAGUGGCAUAACCAUAUUCAUAACUAGAUCUUAGGACAUACGUGCUUGGGUAUUGAAAGUGCUAUAGGUGCAUGAAUGUAUCACAGCAUCUAAUUAGCUGUGCGAAGUAACAUAUAGGCUCCUGGCCAUAACCUUGUCCUUGGAAGGUUCUCAAGAUGCAUUUGAAUCUCCUAUGCUUGGAGAUCUCUUCAUUUCAUAGGAUUUGGCUCCUUGACCAUCAGUCUGUUACAAAGAUGCCAUACAAGCUUUUAAAGAUCUCAUUAUAACCUUUUUUUUUUUUUUGACAGAAAUUAUUUCCGUCUGUGAAACAAUUUUUGAACUGUAGGUUUUGAAGGCAGUGGCUAGGCAUAAAGAACAAGCUCCCUUUUGUGGCAGGGUGCUGGACUAGCAUAUGCAAGAGCUGGGAAAAGCUAGACCACUGUUGGAUGAAAAUGUUUCACUUACUGAAGAUACUGAUGGGCGAUAAAUAUUCUGCUACUUUGUAUUAGUGUCACUUUCUCUGCAGCAUUAGAGGAGGAACAACUUCAAUUUUGCAAGUGUUGAAGGAUGCAAACUUGGUGAAACUAGUAUUUCAUGGAAAACCUAGAAUUUCUUGACAUGUUCUGUAUUAUUAGGGCUUACAAAUGCAAGAAGAUUAAUUUUAACUAAUGCUUAGGUCAGCCGUUGGCUUUUUUUAACUUGUAACCUCUAUAUCCAAAAUCAGCUUUUUGAAGAGACAGCAAAAUGUGUACCAACAUAUAAUCAUAUUUGUCUUACUCUUGAGGAAGCUUUGAAAUAUCAGAGACUUGUUCUGAUAAGUAUAUUUCUUAUGUAUAAGAUCAGUUGCCUAAAUGUACAUAAAUCAAAGAAAGAAGUUUUGGGUCAGUAUUUAUGGAGUUAAAAGUAAUGUUUACAUGGCUAAAAUAUUUUCAUCCUGGCCAUUGCAAUACAUACAGGGGUAUACAUAAUACAUAACAAGGGGUACAGUGGAAAAAUAAGUAAUCAAAUUUGAUGUGUACUUAAAAAUGGCUUCUUUAAAUCCAUUUUGUGCUCUCAGAGAAUCAGUAUAUGGAAAUGCAGUAGUUUAAUAUAUAGUUUACGUUUACUCUUUUUUGUCUAAGUAUGUAGUAUUUUUCCAUGGAUAGCAAUGUACAGUUCCCUUUGGACAAGAUGGAGAUUUCAUAAAAAAAUCAGAAGGCCUGAUGUAUGAAAAUCCCUGUCUGAAAUUUUCCUGUGUUAAUAUUGUAUGUCUUUCAGCAUUUGGCUUUUGCAAGGCUUCACAUUCAACAGAAGAAUGUACUUUGUAGAAGGAAAGCUUGUGUUUCUGCCAUGGACUGACUGACCUUCCAGUGCUGAUGGAAGAGAUUAGUAAUGGUUACUUGUCAGGCAGUGUCUGCUGUGCUGUGAGUACAGUUUAAGUGCUUCAUUAACUUGCUUUGUAAAGACCGGCUAAAUGUAGCUCAGACUGACUGUUCAGAAUGAUAAACUGACACAACUGAUUUUUGUCCUUAAUGAAGUAGUUGGCACAUACAAACCUUUCUCAGUUAGUCUGUGGCAGACAUGACUCUCUUACCUGCUCUCUUGAAGGUGGGCACAAGGAGGAAGCUGGAAGUGCAUUUAUAUUUGACUUCAGGUUGAAUCUUUAUUGAUGGUAACAUCAACUCUCUUAUGAUUAUUUCAGGUUUCUACCAAGUAUGUUUAUAGCUUACAGAUAUUUCAAUCUUCCAUGUAAUGAAGAAUGCAAUUUUUCUACUGUAUGUAAUGAUUGAUAGAUACUGUUUAGAUGGUAGUUUGAAAAGUAGAACAUUAAUGAAGAAUAUUAAUGAAGCAGGCAUGCUCACAUUUUAUAUUUCAAAUUUGUGUUUAAGGUAUUUGGAUUGUAUUGAUUUCUCUGUAUGUUAAAUAACUUCUCAGAUGAAAAACACAAGGCGAUGCUUCGUUAAUGAAAGUAGGUAAACUUCCGUUUCUGCCUUCUUCCAUGAAAUGUGCUCUAAUGGUCACAGCGCUGUUCUUCAAACCUCUCACUUAAAAUUUAGCUGCUGAAUUAAUGCAGUGACUAACAUUUUAUUGUGAUGACUAUUCCUGUGUGGUGCUAUUUUGUAAACAACAUAAGCAUGUGUUGCAAGGAUGGGAUAUUCAGAAGGUUCUGAAGGCUGGCUUGAUUCUGCUUUUGUUUACUUAAAAGAAGCAGGGUCAUACUUAACUUGAGUGCUUGCGAACUGGCUGUCUAAAUCAGGAUUGAUCAUAUUUACAUCUUCAGAAGUGUUCUUAUACCACAAAGCAAGAAGCGAUUAAGAUUCCAAAUCUGCUGUUGCUUCUAGAACACAAAUAUCUUAAAGCAAAUACUUGAGAAAGUCUUUGCUAAACUAAAUUGUGGAAGUCUAGUAGUUUGUUUAUGUUUAAGUUCCUUAAACAACCACAGGCUCUACUGCUUGCAUGCAGCAAUUUAAAUAAUGCACUUAGCAGCCAGUCUGUCUGUAUAUACAAUUUUUUUCCCCGAAUAAUGUUGUAUGUUAAUUGAACUUGCAAAUUGUUUUUUUAUGAAUUUGUAAAUAUUGUCUGAAGAAUUCCAAGUUUAGUUUCUACUUGUAAGAGGUUGUUUGAACAAUAAAACAGUAUUCAUUAAGAAAGGUGCUUUAUCUCUUGGAAAGUGCCACACCAAAUUUUAUUGUGCGAGUUAGGAGCUCUCAAUAAGAAACUUCUUUUAUGGCUUCAUUACAUUUAUAAGUAGAUGGGCCAAAUUCACUUGUAGCAUAAUUCUCCUGAACUAAGUUUUGCUGAGUCUUUCACCAGUAGUAUUCUACCUCUAAACUAGAAUCUGGAAAAAAAAAAGAACAAUUAGGCAUUGAUUUGUCUUUCUAUUUCUCACCAUUUUCUGUGAAGAACGGUGGGUAGUUAAAUUGGUACAGUUAAUGUUUUCUAUAAGUGUUUAAAUUUCUGAACUUAUUGUUUCUUAUAUAUUUUGUUUGUAUCUGAGUUUUGACUUAAAUAAAUUAUUUGUAUGUUUACC